GUUUGAAAAGCCGAUAGAGCAGACGCUUUCAAGCUACAUUCGAGAAAAUGAGCACCCAAAAGUUGAUAGAUAAACUGGAAAGUUGCAUUGUAAACCUAACUCUUGGAUCUUUUGCAGCAGCAGAACUUGACAUACAACAGGUUGCUGAAGAAUUUGCAAAUCUAAACAAAAAUACAGGGAAUGAAAGCAGCAUAAAGGAUAUAGAAGAAUUCAUGAAAAACAUCAAUUAUGUCAUGGCGGAAUUUUGGCGAAAACAAGAACAGCAACAAGCACUCAGCAAAAGUGAUUACAGACAAGCACUUCUAGCUUUCUUCAGGUGCUUGCGGAACUGUUGGGCCAGUAACAGAUUGCUUCAAGAUGCUCUAGGAUCGAACUUAGAUUUUCUUGCUGAGUUUCGCAAGCUUUUGGACGCAGUGUUUGAACGUCAUAGUGACGAUGAAGGAGAUCUAAUACUGUGUAUUGCUGUGCAAUUUCUUUGUAAUGCCACCUCUGGUCACAGCAGUGUAGACAGCCGAGUUUAUGUGUGGGACUACUUCCAUUGUCAGUUCUUGCGCAUACUGAAAAAUGAGGUUAGUAGUGAUAGACUGCUCAACUGCACUUGCUUCAUUGUACGCAACUGUAUUCUGGCAUACUCCAGGGCCAACCACUUCUUUCUUGAUGAUCAGAACAAUAACCUUACUUUACGGCUUGUUGUUCAAGCUGUAUGGAACGUGAAAAUAUAGAAAAUGGGAUGCUUGCGGUGGAACAAAUGCUGAAGGUGACAAAAUUGUUUGAUGGUCUGUACUGCAAAUUAGAGCCCAAAGAGAGGCUUUUUGUGCUAGAAAUAUUAAAAUCACGCUUGCUGGAUUGGGAAAAAAAUUUGGGUGCUACCACAACCCUUGCACCAUCUGAAGUAGCAGACAAUUCCGACUUGCCAGUAUGCAAGAGUAACUUGAUCUUCCUCGCUAACCGUGUGAGUGAUGAACGAGCUGAGUUUCAGAAGCUCAAGUACAAAGAUGCUGGCCACAAUGAAGGAUUAUUGGUGUUGGUCAAAGAGCUUGAAGUUCUGUCCAUUGUCACUGCUUUUGAUAGCUACAACAGACUACAAGAUACACCAAAAUUGUUACGUUUUGCAGUUGAUCUUUUACGGGACAUACAUGAGGCUGGAAAGGAGAGGUUCUGCUCCACUGGCAGUGUUGACGAAGACGAGCAGCGACACAGACAUUGA